GUGGGGUGGGGUGGGCAGUGAGGAAUAGGGCUGGAAAAAUAAAGGGAAUCAGAUCAACACAGGCUGGCCUGGAGUACGAACAUUCCCAAGUUUGUUUCAAGUUAGUUUUGUAACAAAUGUCAUGAAUUCGCCAGUACUGGGGAAUGACCCUGUGCAGAGAGAAGACGGGGUACGUAAAGGGAAAGGAGACACGGCGGAACAGAAUGGGAGUCUACAGAAGGAAGAGCUGGAAACCCCAAUCUCUGCACAAGUACAAAUUGAGGAUAUGGAACUCCGGGAAGAAUGGCAGGAUGAAGAGUUUCCAAAACCGCUUCCUGAAGACAACGAUGCUCUGACAGAGGAUGACCUAAAUGUCAGUGCAGAUGCCAACAGACCUGUGCCACCAAACUCUCUGCAGCUCUGUGGGAAUAAGCACAAGAAACGACUCCUUGCGCCAGCCAUCAGUUUGAACCUGGAAGGUAGUGAGGAGGUGACAUGCUCCGAGGAGAGGACUCCAGAUGAAUUGGAGGGGGAUUCCUGCGAUAUAAAUGUAGAUGACUUAGAAACUCCUUCUGAUAGUGAAUCCUUUGAGUUGCCGGAGAAUGGUAAUGAAUUUGAAUGGGAAGAUGACCUGCCACGGGUGUACCACUCAUUAUCUGACACAGAGAGUUUCCAGGGUCAUGUGACAGAUGAAGAGGCGGAGGAUGGGAAGCUGUGGAGGGUCUUCCAUAUUGGGGAGCAGGAAUAUCGAGUGGACAUGGCUGCCGUGGAUCCAUACAAGGCAGUCAUUUCUCAUGGAGGUUGCUUUGGUGAGAACCUAACAGCAAUUAUUGUGUUCUCUUCCUGCUAUCUGCCUGAAAGUAGUCACCCUGACUAUGAGAAUGUAAUGGAAAAUCUAUUUAGGUAUGUUAUUGGAACUCUGGAAUUGUUGGUGGCUGAAGAUUAUAUUAUUGUGUAUCUAAAUGGUGCCACAACACGUAACAGGGUGCCAUCAAUCAGCUGGCUGAAGCAGUGUUACCAGACUAUUGACAGGAGGCUACGCAAGAACCUGAAAUCACUCAUUGUGGUCCAUCCAUCUUGGUUCAUUAAGGUGAUAUUAGCUAUUACACGGCCCUUUAUAAGUACAAAGUUUAGUAGAAAAGUUCGGUUUGUCAGUAGCCUACAAGAACUUUCAAAAUUAAUUCCAAUGGAACAUGUACAUAUCCCAGAAUGCAUUAGAGAGCUGGAUGAAUCAUUAAAUGGAAAUUCAGAAACCUAGAGAGUCUGUUUUUUGUGGAAAUCUACUGGAUUACUUUAUAUCUAAUAUGGAAAGGACAUUUUUAAAAUAAUAAGCACAUGUAAACAAAUAAUGUGUUGGAGAAUCUAUACUGCUUUAAAGAAAAUUUCUUUCCAGUGCACUCUUACCUCGUUCUAUAACCAUCAGUAAAGUGGCCAUAGGUGGUGGGCUCAGUUUCUAAUGCCUAUUCUGCUUGCUGAUUAAAACAAAGGCAUUACCGUCAGAUGUGGCACCUCUGGGUUAGGGAAGAAAUAAUUUUGACUUGGAUUCAUAUUCUGCACUACCAACAAGUAAUUCCUGCUGGAAAAUGCUCAUUUGUGGAACGAGAGCAAGGACAGGAUGGAACUACGUGAAGAACCUGAGAAAUAGUGUGUAAAGUUGGUCACAAAGAAUGGUGAAUUGCUCACAAGAAGCAGAUGUUGCUAAUGGGUGUAACGAUACCAGGAGUCUCUCCUACUUUCACUGAACAACACCUAAAGAUAGGAAUAGAGUAUAUGCAAACAACAUCAGAGUCAGCACAGAGUGUGCCUUGGAAAAUAUUUGGGACCGUUCCUUCCUGUAUGAACUCAAAGUAGUUGAAUGUCCUUUUUUUUCCCUGUUUUAUGAAAAGCUUAUUGAGCAGAGUGUUAACAGCGCCCAUCUAAUACAGAUUAAAGCCAGAAGAUGUGUUAAACUUGCUUUUUGGUAACAUAUUAAAGACAUAAUAGAAUAAAUUUACAAGCCAGGGAGUGGGUUUCACUUUUUUGAUGAAUCACAUAUUAAAUUAAAUUGAUAUCUGUAAUCUUUGAUUUUCAUUUAAUACCAAAAUACAAUUGUCUCCCUUUUCAUUGGGGUUUGAAACACUAAUAAUAUUUGUAAUGAGAAAUUCCAGUUUUGAGAAUGGAAAAGAUGAGUGGGUUAUUGGCUGAAUGGUAACACUACCAGUACACCAGCCCCUGGAUCAGAAAGUUGAGCCCAAUCUAUCUGUUAGCUCACACUACAGCAAUAUUUUCUAGUCAGUCAGAAAUACUUGUGUCUUUGUAUACUGUGCCAAGACCAACAUGUUCAUGACAUUAGUGCCGGUAGAGUUGAGUAUCAAACUGGUGGUAUAUACUUUUUUUUUAAAAAAAGUAGUCGUCCAUAUUUUGAUUUUUUUUUUAAAAAAGCUCAGGACUGAGAGACUCAUUUAUAUAUAGUUAUUAUAUGGAAAUAUGUUGGGGAAUGAUUUUUAAUCUUACUACAUCAGUUUUCUUUUAAGCACAAAAGUUUUUUUUAACAGGAAACAAAGUGGCAGCGAGGCAAAACCCAAUGCAAGUAAGAGUAGGGUUGAUGAGAGAAAGUAGAAAACUGUCCUCUACCAUCCUUGGACAAUCAGAGAAACAAAAACAGACUGUAAAUCAACCCCAUUGAUUUUAAAUACACCAUCCAGUAUUAUUAUGGGUGAUCAGAAACUGGCCCAGUAUACUGGUCUAAUUGUGCAUUUGUUGCAUCUUACCCCUUGAAAUCCACUUCCUCAAAAUGCCAAAAUUCAGGAAGCUAAGAAGAUAGACUGGGAAAAAGAAGACAGCAGGGCAGUGUUUAAGAAUAUGAGAUUAUCUCCUUCCUUCCCUAAGAACUUAGCUAUGAAUACAUGCAUGCAAUUUCAUCGUUAUUGUUUGGAUAAUUCUUUCACUUUUACUAGCUGAUUUUAAAAUAAACAUUUGUUAUUGAAGCAUUUUUUCACUUCAACACUGCACUGAGUCAGAAGGAACUGUAUGUCAGUAUGAAACUGUUAUUGUAUUGUCUUGGUGAUAGAGAUUCUCGUAUAUUGAUGGAUUAAGGAUUCUUAAAUUUGGAGUGUUAAACUGUAAAUUGCUAAUCCUUAAGUGUGAAUGUUAUCACUGUGUUCCCACAAUCUUAUUUAAUUUGUUGGUGCCAAAGUAUUAUAAAAUACAAACAAACUCUACCUAAGCCAAUUUGCCUUAGUGUUCUUGAGAAACAUUUGCUUGUUUGUGCUCUGAAUUUUUCAAACCUCGAACUGUAAACAACAGUAUUUUACUUCAAAGUCAUGUGCUUAAUGCACAGUCUCCUGACAUGGUCUGAUUGAGUUUGUGUUCAGUUGUAUUUGGCUUGGGUGAGCCCCUGAGGAAAAAGUUGAACACUGUGCCUGCAAUGAAGAAGUCUAAGUAGGAUGAUUUUUAACGUUGAUAGUGGUGAGAAGCACAAACCUAUUGGGAUAAAUUGCUGAUUAAACUUGCCAAACAAUUCAAGGCACAUUUUUGCAAGACAGCUGUACUUUUGCACAUGGAUUGUCAUGAACUGGGCUUGUGUGUUUUAACUGCUCCAUUUUCUUCCAGUCACUAGAAGUUUGUGUUUGGCACCAGAACUACAGAAGUUCAUAUUUAUAUCACAUAUAUAAGAAUUAAAAUACUAUUAUAUGAAUGACAAUCCAGUUUGAAAUUAUAGAAUCUAUAAAUUAUAUAAUAAUUUAUCAGUUUUGCAAAUAUUGCCUUUGCUUGCAUGCCUACCUAUUUGGUACGGCAGUUCUGAUUAAUAGAAACUUAUGAAAGCAGUAUCUGAGAAUUGUAUUAGUGAUUGUAAGUGUAUAUCGUGAGACCCUACAUAGAUUGGGAGACUGCUUCGCCGAGCACCUACGCUCCGUCUGCCAGAAAAGUGAGAUCUCCCAGUGGCCAACCAUUUUAAUUUCACUUCCCAUUCCUAUUCCAAUUCCAAUUCCACUGUCGUGAUGAAGACACACUUAGGUUGGAGGAACAACACCUUUAUAUUCCAUCUGGGUAACCUCCAAACUGAUGGCAUGAACAUUGAUUUCUCAAGCUUCUGGUAAUGCCACCCCCUCCCCGACCUUUGCCAUUCCCUAUCCCCUUUUCCCUCUCUCACCUUAUCAUCUUGCCCACCUAUUGCCUCCUUCUGGUGCUCCUCCCCCUUUUAUUUUUUCCAUGGCCUUCUGUCCUCUUCUAUCAGAUUCCCCCUUCUCCUGCCCUGUAUUUCCUUCACCAAUCAACUUCCCAGAUCUUUUUCAUCCCUCUCCUAUCACCUUGUAUUUCUCUCUCCCCUCCCCACCACCUUUUAAAUCUAUUCCUCUGCUUUUUUUUUUCUCCAGUCCUGCUGAAGGAUCUCAGCCCAAAAUGUUGACUGUACUCUUUUCCAUAGAUGCUGCCUGGCCUGCUGAGUUCCUCCAGUGUUUUGUGUGUUGCUUUGAUUUCCAGCAUCUGCAGCUUUUCUCUUGUUUCUGAGAAUUGUAUCAUUGCCUUUGACCACCAUUCAAUUUCCUGUCAUCAUGAGAUACUCUAAGGUAACCUGUUGAGCAUCACCUUCAAUUUUAUCAAGGAGCGCUGCCACAAGAAAGCGGCGCUGAGACACUAAACAAGAAAUGCUGGAAAUAGUCAGCAUGCCAGGUAACAGCUGUGAAAAGAGAUCCAAGGCCAUUCAUUAGAACUGAGAGAGAAAAUAAUUUAGUUUCAGGUUCAGAAGAUGAAAAGUGGAUCGACGGCACAAAAUGAGUCCAUUAGUCAUAAAAUACAGCACUCAUUCAGACCCUUUGGCACAGUAAGUCCAUGCCAAACACACUGGCCACCCAGCUAGUACCAAUUUCCUGAGUUCAGCCAAUAUUUUAAGACCUGCUCCUCCACAUAGCUAUUCAAGUGUGUCACGUUACACCAAAAGGUUCUUGGAUUCUGCUCAGGCAGAAAGGCAUAAACUCCAAUUAUUAUCUACUUUGAAGUACAAAACAUUGUUUAUCAGGAUAGAACAGAGCAAGCAUUAAAACACUUAUCUUGGCAUGUGUGGGGCCCCUCAUUCAAUCUGUGGUGCUGUUCCUGACCAGCCCAUCAGUGAAGCCUUGAAGAACUACGCCCAAGCCCCCGACCACUGUACUUUUGUACCCUUUAUGAAAUGCUGCAGUAAGUGGACCAAUGCACUGGGUGGUUUUGAUCUGGUACCAAUCAGAACCAAGCACUUGUCACCACUCUUCAUGAGUGCCACUCCUGUUUUCACUUAACUUUCAUGUUCCUACGGUAAUAUUGCAUUCUUACUGUUGUAUUCCCAUAAUAGUAAUCAAAGUUCUGUUAUGUUAAAGGUGUGAUAUUUGACAAAAACAAAAAUUAAACC